UGUGACGUCACGGCAUAUAUUAAUUUCAUACGCCGCCAUGUUGGUGGAGUAAAAGACCCAAUAUGGCGACUAGUCAUGCGGAACAAAACGUAAACAGUGAGUCAGAAAAAGGAAUUAUUCAUGAGAUCCCUUUGUCUGAAUAUGCAAAAUCUCUCGACAGUGCUGUUAGAAAGCGUUAUAUUGAGAAAAUAUCUGUUAUUGGAAUAGACCCUCUCUUUAUUCCAGAGGAAAAGUUGAGUACCGAAUGCCUUCCCCGCGUAGAACCACUCGAUCUUGUAUCGUAUCUUGUUUUAGAGACAAGUUUUUAUACCAAAGAUCAAUUUAAAAAUUUUAGAGGCUUGCAAGCCUACAACCAAAUGGUAUCCGGCUUUAUUACAAGUAUUUUAGGUCAGAUUUUUAGUGGUAAAUACGUGGUUAUUGGCAAAGUUCGACACUCACAGCGAAUGAAUGAACCACCGGUGCAGCUUUGGAUAAUCACAACUAAAGAUGGGACUGUUCUUUCUGCGCAUUGUCAUGGAUGUAUGGCGGGUUUAGGAGAGUGCUGUUCGCAUAUUGCCAGUAUUCUUUUUUACUUAGAAGUUUCGACAAGGUUAAACGAGAAGCUCGCGUGCACCCAAGUUAAAUGCUCUUGGAUUUUGCCCGCUACAGUGAAAAGCGUGGAUUAUUUAAGAGUGAAGGAUAUUAAUUUCACAUCAGCGAAGAAAAUGAAGUCUGAUCUUGACAAGACUGUUAAUUCUUUGAAUUGUGCUGCAGAUACCAAGAGUUUGAGUGCUUCCUUGGAAUCAAGCGGUGCAAGUGCUUCUGCAACGCCACGCAAGCCAAAGGCCCCUCCACCUAGACCCUCUUUUAAGGAGCUUGAUGCAUUUUAUGAAUCGCUCAGUCAAUGCCAAGUAAAGCCUGUUUGCUUGAGUUUGGAAAAGUCAUAUGCAGCGAUGUUUAUUUCUAAAACAAGGGGCAUCAACCCUCUUUCAGAUUUGUUUGAUCCCAAAUUCCUGCAGCUUAACUACAUUGAUCUUCUAAAGGAAUGCUACAAAGUUGAAGUUAGUAUCAGUCUUGAAGAAGUUGCCUUGAUUGAAAGAGAAACCGUGGAGCAAACGAAAAGUAAUGCCUUUUAUCGAUACCGAGCUUGUAGGAUUGGUGCUUCAAAGUCUCGUGCUGCCUCUCAUACAGAUCCAUCACAGCCAUCCCAGUCUCUAAUUAAAUCUAUUUGUUAUCCACAUCUUUUUUGUUUCAGCACAGCAGCAACAAUCCAUGGUUGUAAGCAUGAGCAAACUGCAAUAGAAGCAUAUGAAACUCAUAUGAAGCAGAGUCAUACUAAUUUUAAGGUGACAAAAUGUGGAACAUUUAUUGAUGUAGAGCAUCCUUUUCUUCAUGCCACCCCUGAUUUUUUAUGUGAAUGUGAUUGUUGUGGAUAUGGCUGUGGUGAGGUAAAGUGCCCAUAUUGCAUUGAAGGAACUGAUUUCAAGAACUAUUGUGAGAAGAAGUCAUCUUGUCUUCAAUGGAAUGGUGAGAAAUUCUCCUUAAAGAAAAAUCAUUCGUACUACUACCAAGUCCAGCAACAACUCCACAUAACCAAAAGGGCCUAUUGUGAUUUUGUUGUUUUUUCUAUUUCAAAAAAUGGUUCCAAGCUAGUUCAGGAGAGAAUUUUUCCAGAUUCUGAACAUUUUGCUUUGCAGGUGGCAAAGCUUUCUUUGUUUUGGAGGACCUGCAUAUUACCUGAAGUCCUUGGCAGAUGGUACACGCGAAAGAUGGAUUUGAAGAAAGAGCUUGGUUCUGUCUCAUGUGGGGGUGAAUGUUACUGCAGGAGGACCUCAAAUGAACCUACUGCAACAUGUUCAAAUCCGGAGUGUCCCAUUUCCCGAUUCCAUUUAGCCUGUCUCUCCAUGAAAAAUGUUGCAAAGACAUGGUUAUGUCCACAUUGUAGAAAAUUACCUAAGUUUGGCCAUGGUAAGAAAGGGUUAAAGACACAUGAUAAAGUUCCUAAUUUAUUUGAAGAAGCUUUGUCAAUGGAAAGUAUCUGUGUUUGUAAAAGGAAAGCAAAUUCUGAUGACAAAUUGCUGAAAUGCCACAAUGAUAGUUGUUCUAAUGGGAAGUUUUUUCAUUUACAGUGCAUGUCAUAUAAGCGAUACCCAAAUAAUUAUAAAUCUUCUUGGGCAUGUAACUUCUGCAAAUUGGACAGCAUUCGUUCCACUAAAUCUAUCAAACCUAAAGCUACAAAUUCAAAUCUACCUUUUUCACCUUCUGAGAGUUCUGUUCAUAAUGAUCAUGAGAUUGUCUACUUUGGUACUAGAGAAACUGAGCAAGUGGAUAAAUACAGUAUCAUUUCAACACUUACAAAUCACGACUUCGAUGUUAUAGAAUCAUCUACUGGCUGGUUGGAAAAUACUGUCAUUCAACAAGCUCAUGUCCUUUUAAAGCAAGUUAACCCAGAUAUUCAAGGAUUUCAACGUCCAAGCUUGGGUCCAUGCCACAACUUUGACAAGGUUCAUGGAGAUUUUGUACAGAUCUUGCAUACUGGGGGAAACCAUUGGGUGUGUGCUAGUUCAAUUGGCUGUGAAAAAGGUGUUGUAAAUUUGUAUGACAGCCUUUUCAAUGAUGUUAUACUUGAUGAUCUUGAACAACAAGUAGAGAGUCUAGUUGGAGAGGAUUUCCAAGGAAUCAAUGUUGUACCAAUACAGCAACAAUCAAAUGGUUCAGAUUGUGGUGUAUUUGCUAUUGCUUUUGCAACAAGUCUUGUUUACACAUUGGACCCAAAUAUUCCUCAACUUAAUGUAUCAAAGAUGCGACUUCAUUUGUAUGCUUGCCUGAAAGCUUGUCUCAUUACCCCUUUUCCCACAGUCGAAAGCACAUAACAUCUGAUACCACAUUCAGUUUAAAAUUGUAUUGACUAACUUAAAAUAAUUAAACAUUCCAUUCCAUGAAUAAAAAAUGAAACAAACUUUUUGCAUUAUUAUUACAGACUU